AUGCAUGGUGUCGAGUACUGGAAUGAGCCGACACGCGAUUUACGGCCAGUCCUAUCACUGGUGGGUCCGGAGGGCAACCAGUUUUUGCGCACUUUAAACACCUCUCAUAUACGGUACGAAAUCACUGCCAAUAGCUUUCAGGAAGUAAUCGACGGCGAGAGGCGUGAGAAUUAUCACCACUUUUCGGACGCAAAGAAUUUCGACUUCGAGACCAAAUAUCACACGUACAGUGAGAUCAAGAGUCUGUUGAAUGAGCUCUCGGAACAAAGUGACAAGGUUACGUAUAAAAGUGUUGGCAAAAGUUACGAGUCGAGGGACAUACCGGCUAUUGUUCUUACUAACCCGGGUGGUGGUGCUAAGCAAACCAUAUUCCUUGAGUGCGGUAUUCACGCGAGGGAAUGGGUAUCAACCGCCGCCUGUCUAUAUAUGAUAAACCAAUUGCUAACCGAUAGUGCGAACGAUAAAUAUCUGGAAAAAUAUGAGUUUAUAAUUGUCCCUGCGCUCAACGUUGACGGACCCCUUACUCAUUCCAGUUAUGUGUAUACGUGGGAAACGGACAGGAAAUGGCGAAAAACCCGAUCCCUUGAUUCGCGCACCGGGUGUUACGGCACCGAUCCUAACAGAAAUUGGGACACGGCGUGGUGUGAGGAGGGUGCCACCACCAACCCCUGCUCCGACCAGUAUUGCGGUCCCGAUCCCUUCUCGGAAGUGGAGGUCAAGCAAUGGUCGGAACUGGUGGCCACUCGUAAGGGCAGAAUAGCCGCGUAUUUCGCGUUUCAUAGCUACUCGCAGUACUGGAUGUAUCCGUACGGCUAUAAACACGCGCUGCCGGCAAAUGUCAACGAAUUGGAGAAGCUGUCGGCAGCCGCUGUUAAGGCUAUUCAGGCGACACAUUCACUACAGUUUAAAAAAGGAAAUAUCGCCGAUGAUUGUAUAUCACAUGCUGCUCAACCCGCGAUCCUAACGGAAGCGACUGGAGCUACGGCCCGAUCCCUACGCGCCCAACGGCUUUGUAUUACCGGUCGCGCAGAUCAAACCGGCCUCCGAGGAGGCGUGGGCUGG